GCCACGCUCGGCUCCCCGGGGCCCUCCACCACCCCCUGCCCUCCCUUCUCCUCUCCCCUCCUUGCAGUUUCUCCUUCGUCCCAUCACAGUCCCCUUGGGCGGGUGAGGAGCACCCAGAGCCUUCUGCCAUGGGGCAGCCGUGCCCCCACCUGCUGCUGCUGCCCGGCUGAAGGGAGCAGCCCGGGAGCGGGGGAACCAUGAGCGGGGGCAGGUUCGAUUUCGAUGAUGGAGGUGCCUACUGUGGCGGAUGGGAAGGGGGUAAAGCCCAUGGGCACGGCAUCUGCACCGGCCCCAAGGGGCAGGGCGAGUACUCGGGCUCCUGGAACUACGGCUUCGAGGUGGUGGGCAUCUACACAUGGCCCAGCGGCAACACCUACGAGGGCUAUUGGUCCCAGGGCAAGCGGCACGGCCUGGGGAUCGAGACCAAAGGACGGUGGGUGUACAGGGGUGAGUGGACCCACGGCUUUAAGGGACGGUACGGCGCGCGGCAAAGCAUGAACAGCGGAGCCAAGUAUGAGGGUACCUGGAACAACGGCCUGCAGGAUGGCUACGGCACCGAGACGUACGCAGAUGGAGGAACCUACCAGGGCCAGUUCACCAAUGGCAUGCGGCACGGCUACGGCGUGCGGCAGAGCGUGCCCUACGGCAUGGCUUCGGUGGUGCGCUCCCCGCUGCGCACCUCCCUGUCCUCCCUGCGCAGCGAGCACAGCAACGGCACGCUGCCGCAGCAGGACUCCCCCGCCGCCCACCCCGAGAGCCUGCCCGCCUCGCCCACCAUCACCCGCGGCGGCUUCGCCCUCAGCCUCUAUGCCGACGCCGAGGCCGGCAAGGUGAAGAAGGGGGGGCUGUUCCGCAGGGGCUCCUUGCUGGGGAAGCUGAAGAAGUCCGAGUCCAAGUCGUCGUUGGCCAGCCAGAAGAGCCGCGUCAGCUUCCUCAAGAGCGAGAGCGGGAUCAGCUCGGCCGCCAGCGAUGCCACCUCCACCGCCAGCCUGGGCGAGGGGGCGGAGGGAGAGGAGUAUCCCCCCUUUGAGUCCGACAUCGAUGCCACCACCACUGAGACCUACAUGGGCGAGUGGAAGAACGACAAGCGCUCGGGUUACGGAGUCAGCGAGCGCUCCAGCGGGCUGAAGUAUGAGGGUGAGUGGCUGGACAACCUGCGGCACGGCUACGGCUGCACCACGCUGCCCGACGGCAAGAAGGAGGAGGGCAAAUACCGCCACAACGUCCUCGUCAAGGGCAUGAAGAAACGUGUCAUACCUCUGAAGAGCGCCAAGAUCCGGCAGAAGGUGGAUCGGAGUGUGGAGGGGGCCCAGAGGGCAGCAGCCAUCGCCCGGCAGAAGUCAGAGAUCGCGGCAUCCAGGACUACUCAUGCCAAAGCCAAGGCUGAAGGCUCUGAGCAGGCAGCUCAGGCAGCUAACAACGAGUCGGGCAUAGCCAGGAUGAUGGCCAGGGAACUUUCCCCAGACUUCUACCAGCCAGGCCCCGAGUAUCAGAAGCGGAGGCUGCUGCAGGAGAUCAUGGAGAACGCAGAGCACGCCGUCAACAUGGAGGAAGCGACACCCCCUCAGCCCAAGGGCGCCCCGCCACCCCCAACGCCCCCUGAGAGCCCCCAGCUGCACGAGCAGGACGAGGCUCCCCGCCGCCGCAGCCCGGCCCCGAGUCCCGCCGCCACCCCUCCGGAGGCCAAGCGGGCCAAAGCACAGCAGGAUGGAGCCCCGCGGCCUGGCAGCUGGGCCGGGCCGGGCAGCGGCGGGGCUUCCGAUGGCGAAGGCCGGCCGGCCUCACGUGGAGCAGCAGCACGGCCUGCGGAGCAGAUGGAGAUCAGGCCGCUGCAGCGCAUGGCGCGCGAGCCCGACGUCGAGCACUACAAGGGCUACCACAGCUACGCCGUCAGGACACCCCCGGUCUCCCCCGCUGCGGACUAUGAGGAGGAGCCUCUCUCUGAGCAUGAGCCGCCAUCCCCGGAGCCCCAGGGAGAGCCUCGGAGGCGCGGGGGCACCCCGGUGCAGACGCAGGAGCCCGCAGAGAGGCACGCGCCCCAGGCGGAGGCCAAGGCGGAGCAGCCGCAGCCCAAGGAGCUCAAGCAGCCCAGGCGGCGGCCCAGCCCUGAGCGCAAGGCAGUGAGCAGGAGCGAGCCCGCUGCCGACAGAAAGACUGAGGGCCGGGCGCCGGGCCGGACGGAGCACAAGGCGGGGGCCAAGCGGAGCCCAGCCCCGGUGGCGGUGGUGGCAGCAGCGCAGGAUGCGGAGGAGGGUGACGAGGGACCUAACACAAUUGUGAUCUGCAUGGUCAUCUUACUGAACAUUGGUCUAGCCAUCCUAUUUGUACAUUUUUUGACAUGAGGUCCCCUUCAGACAAGGCAUCGCUGCUCACUGAGACCAUGGACCUUGGUGGGGAUUAAAUCUCAGUCACCUGGAAACACCUAUGAGGAGGACUUGAGAUCCCAAGGUUGCACUGCAAACAUGAACCUUAAGUAAAAGUACCUGAAGAUCCUCCGUUCAGUCUCCCUGCUCCCAGGCUGUGGCUGGCCUCUGCAAUCUACCAAGAAAAAUCAGAAUUUCUACAACUUAACCUCCUUCUCUUCUUUGUAUAAAGUAGCAGUUGCCUUAAAUUAUUCUCACCAAAGCCAUCUACUGCCCUGUCGUGCCAGGGAUGAGGAAUUUAUCUUUAGCUGUAGGAAAAUGAGUGAGAAGGUCUCAUCCACACACUGUGAUGUGUUUUGUAAUUCUCUUGGUUGACUUGAUGUUGGAGAUUUCCCAGAGAAUAUCAUCCAUGGCCUGGAAAUGCAACAAUGUGCAACAACCAAAAUGACACCUGAGAGCCGUGCCACGGCUGGGGCUGGACAGCGUCUGCCUCCAUGCUUGUGUGUCAUCCAAAGGGACGAGCAGAAUGUCUUUCCUUUCCCCAUCAUCUGGAGGCGUUUUCCAUGUAUGGAGGACUGAGGGGGGAGCAUGUUGACAUUGGGCUUGGUGAAGUGUGACCUGCCCAUGCCUGCCGAUGAGCCGCGGUUGGGGC